GCGCUGCUGUGACAGCGGCGGCGCUUUCCCUUCCGCUGGGUGGGGGCAGCCCCACGCCGCGCCCCCUCUUCGACCCGGCCCGGCUCGGCAGAGAACCACCGAGCCACGGAUCAGCCGCCCGCCCUCCCGCCUGCCGAGAGCUCCUUCCCCGCCUCGCCCCAAGCCAGCCGCCGCGGGGCGGGAGGCGGCCAUGUCGCUAUUGUCUGCUCUGGUGCCCUUGCUCCGGGUGUACCGCAUCGGCCUCCUCGUCAUCCUGCACCAGCUGCGCCGCCGCCUCCUCCCGCGCUGUCCCCCGGCGACUGUUUCGCCUCAGACCUUGGCUCAGAGCCGCGCGGGCGCAGCCUCCCUCAGCCCAGUUUUCCCUACACAAAAUGGAAAGGUUGCUAUAGUGACUGGAGGUGCUAAAGGAAUUGGGUACGAAACUGUGAAGCAUUUGGCACGACUUGGCAUGCAUGUUAUAAUAGCUGGAAACAAUGAGAGCGAGGGCCAAGAAGCAGUGAGAAAAAUACAAGAAGAAACUUUGACUGGAAAAGUGGAGUUUUCAUACUGUGAUUUGACUUCCAUGAAGUCUAUACGGCAAUUUGUGCAGCGGUUUAAAGCAAAGAAUCAUCCACUCCAUGUCCUGGUGAAUAAUGCCGGGGUGAUGCUGGUCCCUGAAAGGAAGACGGAGGAUGGGUUUGAGGAGCACUUCGGAUUGAACUACUUGGGACACUUCCUGCUGACAAACCUCCUCUUGGAUAAGCUGAAGCAAUCAGGAACGCACAGUCACAAUGCUAGGAUCAUCACUGUCUCAUCAGCCACCCAUUAUGUAGGCAAAUUGCACCUGAAUGACUUACAAAGCAGAUGUUCGUAUUCGCCCCAUGGAGCCUAUGCCCAAAGCAAACUUGCCCUUGUGUUAUUUACCUAUCGACUACAGCACCUUCUGACUGCAAAUGGAAGCCAUGUGACUGCUAAUGUAGUAGACCCAGGUGUAGUGAAUACUGACCUCUACAAGCAUGUGUUUUGGGUUGUGAAAGCGGUCAAAUGGAUGACAGCCUGGCUAGUUUUCAAGACUCCAGAGGAAGGAGCCUCUACAAGCAUCUAUGCAGCAGUAUCGCCUGAGAUGGAAGGGGCUGGCGGCUGCUACCUUUACAAUGAGGAAAGGACAAAAUCAGCUGACAUAGCAUAUGAUGAGGAGCUGCAGAGAAGGCUCUGGACAGAAAGCUGCAAGAUGGUUGGGAUUCCUGAUGAAUCCAGCAGAGUUCCCUAGAAGAAACAAUUUCCGGUUGGGUGAACGAAAUGUAUUGACAAGCAUCUUAGGUGAAUUCUUGCAGCAUCAGUCAUCAUCUUGGAAAUCACUGUUCAGUCUCAAAGGCAAACAUGAACAGCUCUGUUCUUUGCUUGAAUCCCUAGUCUGCUAGGGUGUGUGGGAAGUAUUCCCACAGAAAGAUGUAGUGGUUGGUUUUAAAUCUAACCAUCAGUUUUGUAAAUCAUGAUGUUUCAGUCUGUGAUUAAAAUACAAUCUUUAA